AUGGUUCGGGUGGUUCGGCGCGUCCUCGCGGCGGUGUUCGCGCUGGUACUGACUCUCGCGUCCACCGCCGAGGCCAAGAAAGAGGUUCCCCAGGUGUUGUGCGAGUCGUGCAGAGCGACGCUGACGGAGUUGCGUACCAUGGUGGACAAGACCGCCAAGAAGCAGGGCAGGGAGAACGCGGUGACGGACGCGAUGGAGGCGAUAUGCGAGGACAUGUACAACUUUCGCACGUACGCGUAUCCUCCGCCUCAGAUGCAAAAGGGGUGCCGGACCAUCAUGGACAGGCACGAGGAGGAGAUCGAGACGGCGUUGUGGAGGGGCGACGAGAACCUGGUGGAGUUCAUCUGCGGGCGGCCAAAGGGCGCGUGCCACGGGGUGGACAUGUCGGAAGAGGCCGUGAACAGCAAGCCGAUGGAGAUCGUCAAGGACUUCGAAGACGACGAGUUGUGA